AACUAAAGCACGAGGAAAAUAAAACACAUGUAAAUUACACACAAACAAAAAAUGAAUAAUAAUAGUAAUAACUUUAGCGGAGACCAAUAUUUACUACACUGUGAACAACAUCAAUUACCACAAUCGGCAGCUCCGUCUAGUAACGCCGUAGUAAUGACGUCAUCAUCGGAGUCUACCCUUAUCGCCUACGAAGCACAGAUUUGCGAUGCUGUCAGACGACGACGGUCAUCUAAGGGAUCAAGAAGAACUACGCCCACGACGCUCCUCAACGCUAACCCUAGCAAUUUCCGAGCCUUAGUUCAGAAAUUCACUGGACGUUAUACCGGCAUUGAUGUCCCCGUCGGAAGAAAAGGUCCGGUGACGUUAGAUUUCAGGUCGCCGGCUUCGGUGUCGAAAGAAGUCAUUUUUCCUCGCUCCGGUGAUAUCCAAACUUACGAUCGUGCCAUUGAUAGGCGCGUGGGCAAUGGGGAGAGUCACGUGAGUGUGACCAUGAAGCGGGAGGGUAAGGAAACGGCGUCAUAUAAUCAGAUGAGCCAACUAAGUGACUGUGCGCUUUAUGGUGGGUGUGGUGAUCAUUAUGCUUAUGGCCAUCAUGAUAAUCAUCACGAAGAUGGUGAUGAUCUUGUGAGGGAAUACUUGGAAAAUAGUAGUUUUAAUGGAGUGGAUUACAUGGGUUAUGAUGAUUUUUACCAUGAUCCGCUAUCGUUGGAAGAGAUUAUGAUGAGAGAUCUCAAUUUC